CGUGGUGCAUGAAUUUGGCAAUGUUUGAUUAUUUAUGUUCUUACUUUCCAAAGAGAGAUUCUUUCGUUAAGAACCACGAGCCUGUAAUGGAAGCAAAAAGUCAAAUGUUUCAGUUUAGAGGGAAACGGAAAUCCAAUCACAUCUCUCCUCUGAACGAAGUUCUGAAGAAUAAAGGAAUAUAAAACUUCCAUCGGAUCUUCAUCUCCUUUCCCAGACUCUCAAUUCCUCUUUCACAGAAUUUCUCUCUUUGGAUUAUGCAUUUCAUUUUCAGUUCACAGUCACUCAGUAGAAUCCAACACAACCCUUUCAACUCGCGCCUCUGUUUUCUUCAACAAUCGAACUGAACUUCCGAUUCACCGUUUUUCGUUGAUUUCCCCUGUUUUUGGGCCUUGUAUUAUAGUCUUCUCUGGCUUGAUUUUUGUUUGGGUUAUGCGAUGGCUUUGAUGACGAACGUGAUUCACUCUCCAAUCUGUACCCAUCGGUUGUCUUCCCUUCGCGUCCCCCCGAAAAGAACUUUUCCCGCCAAUUUUGUCGCCCCCAAAUCUCGAUCACUUGCUUCUAAAGCUUUGAACUCGGCGGUUUCGCCGUCGGCAGAAUUAUCUGGCAGGGCUAUCGGGUUCUUAAGCUGUCGACAACCGCUAAAGUCGCGAGGUGUUGUUCAUCGACCGGUGGUGAGGGCCGCUGCAGCUGAUGCUGACGGAACACGCGACGGGUUGACUAGCCCUUCGAAGAGCUUUGCUGCAAGAUUUCCAGCACUCGUUACUGGUUUCUACUUCUUUAUGUGGUACUUUUUAAAUGUUAUUUUCAACAUACUCAACAAAAGGGUCUACAAUUAUUUCCCAUAUCCAUAUUUUGUCUCUGUCAUACAUCUUCUUGUUGGUGUUGGAUAUUGUCUCAUUUCUUGGGCUGUUGGUCUGCCAAAACGUGCUCCAAUGGAUAAGGAGCUCUUGCUAUUAUUAACUCCAGUUUCGCUAUGUCAUGCUCUUGGACAUGUGAUGUCAAAUGUAUCAUUUGCAGCUGUUGCUGUGUCCUUCACUCACACCAUUAAAGCUCUGGAGCCAUUCUUUAACGCUGCUGCUUCCCAAUUUGUUUUGGGGCACCAAAUUCCCAUCAGCUUGUGGCUUUCUCUGGCACCUGUUGUUUUAGGUGUGUCAAUGGCAUCGCUAACGGAACUUUCCUUCAAUUGGACUGGCUUUAUUAGUGCAAUGAUUUCAAACAUUGCCUUUACCUAUAGAAGCAUCUACUCCAAGAAGGCAAUGACUGGAAUGGACAGUACAAACGUGUAUGCAUACACCUCGAUAAUCGCUCUUUUGUUUUGCAUCCCUCCUGCAGUAAUGAUUGAGGGACCACAGUUGCUGCAGCACGGCUUUAAGGAUGCCAUUGCCAAAGUGGGCCUACAAAAAUUCCUGUCUGAUCUUUUCUGGAUUGGCAUGUUUUAUCAUCUCUACAAUCAGCUUGCUGCUAAUACUCUGGAACGUGUUGCACCUCUAACUCAUGCUGUAGGAAAUGUAUUGAAGCGAGUUUUUGUGAUCGGGUUCUCUAUUGUGGUUUUCGGCAAUACGAUUUCAACACAAACCGGAAUCGGUACUGCUAUAGCGAUUGCCGGUGUCGCCAUCUACUCCUUGAUUAAAGCAAACUUGGAGGAACAAAAACGGAGGGCUGCAAAAAUUCCAGCAUCAUAGAAGUUUGAUGCGAUCGACCGUGGAUAAAUCUAUACAGUUGAAGCUUGGGGGAUUGACCUAAGUUUCAGAAGUUGACACAAUUGCUUGAUCACUAACCUUAAGAGUCUUCUGUACAUCUAGAGAAUAAAAGACUUUUAGAGGAUAGAAAAAGAGAGGAGCUAUGAACUUUUUUUAGUAGGAACAAGUGGGAUGAGAAAUUCGAACUCGUGACCUCUGAGUCAUAAACGAGUUUCAAUUACGGCUAAGCUAAACUUAUGUUAGCAAAUAACUAUGAACUUAAACCACUUGAAAAAAUUUAUCCAAGUUUCAUUGACGUUAAAUGA